AUGGUUCUGGGAGGAGCUUGUGGGAACCCAGAAGGAUAUGGGUGGUCUGAGACAUUGGCCAGGUAUGUGGAGGGUCCCGGCGUGAGUGCGGUGAAGGUGCUGCUGGAGGCGGGUGCCAAUCCAAACCUGGGCGAUGACUUCAGCAGCGUGUAUGAAACGGCUCGAGAGAAGGGCGUUCACUCGUUAGAGGUGCUGGUGAGCCGCGAGGACGAGUUCAGCAAUCGUCUCAGCAGCCGCGCUUCUUUCCGAGGAUGUUCUGCUCUGCAUUACGCCGCGCUGACCGAUGACCUGCAGACCGUCCGGAUGCUGCUGGACGCAGGUGCCAACCCCUUACAGAAGAACGACCUGGGCCACACGCCGCUGACGUACGCCAAAGAGGGAGAGAUGGCCACGCUGCUGAAAGAGGCCCAGAACACGGUAAAACACGGCAAAAACAUGGUCAAAUCAGGCUUGUUUAGAGGAGAAAAUACCAGGGCUCGCUUGCUCUCGUCCAGUCUGUCUGUCCUCCUCUCAUUACCGUCUGUCUGUCUGUCUAGAGUUAAUUAUUGUCUGUUUUUCUCCGCAGCCAUUAGGAGGAAGGAGAACGGCUGGUAUGAUGAAGAGCAUCCCCUCGUCUUCCUCUUCCUGGGCUCAUCUGGAAUCGGUAAAACUGAGCUGGCCAAGCAGGUGGCGCGAUACAUGCAUAAAGACAUUAAGAAGGGUUUCAUCCGGAUGGACAUGUCUGAAUUUCAGGAGAAACAUGAGGUGGCGAAGUUCAUCGGUUCUCCUCCAGGAUACGUGGGUCAUGAAGAAGGUGGUCAGCUGACCAAACUGCUCAAACAGUGUCCGAACGCCAUGGUUCUGUUCGACGAGGUGGAUAAAGCUCAUCCAGACGUGCUGACCAUCAUGUUACAGCUCUUUGACGAGGGUCGACUGACUGAUGGGAAGGGGAAGACGAUCGAGUGUAAAGAUGCCAUCUUCAUCAUGACGUCCAAUGCAGCUAGUGAUGAAAUUGCCCAGCAUGCAUUGCAGCUGAGACAGGAAGCUCAGGAGCAGAGCCGCCGGCGUCUGGCUGAGAAUCUGGACGACGUUCAGAAGAGCGAGAUCACCAUCUCCAACACCUUCAAAGAGCAGGUGAUCCGCCCCAUCCUGAAGGCUCAUUUCCGACGGGACGAGUUUCUGGGGAGGAUCAACGAGAUCGUUUACUUUCUUCCGUUCUGUCACACUGAACUCAUUCAGCUGGUCAGCAGAGAGCUCCACUACUGGGCCAAGAAGGCCAAGCAGAGGCACAACAUCACGCUGCUGUGGGAGCGUCCCGUGCUGGAGCUGCUGGCCGGAGGAUAUAACCUGCAUUACGGCGCGCGCUCCAUCAAACACGAGGUGCUGAUCAAUACCUGCUAAUCACUGAUCAAUACCAGCAGUCAGAGCUUCAGAAUCCUGAACAACAUUGAUAAUCAGAAAUGCUUAUUAAAUCAGCAUAUGAGAAAGAUUUCUGCCACGCCCACAUCUCAUCAUCCAAUCACGAACCGCUGCACAGAACCAAGCCCCGCCCUACAUUUGUUUCUUUGUUUCACUUGGAUGCAGAUGUGAUGCUGCUUCUGUUACAUUGUAGCGUUAAACAAGCCAAGCCUGUUUAGAUGUCGAUCAGUGUGAUGUGGUUCUCAGUGUUGGGCACUAACUAGUUACACUAAUAAUAUUACUUUUUGCAGUAACUAGUAGUGUAAAUAAUUACUAAUAAGAUUUU